CAAUGCCAUUUUCAGGUACAAUCAAUACACUGAGGCAAGGACGGAACAACGAAAAAUCCCCCUGAAAAAUUUUUUUAAUCUUCUUGUUCCGUCCGAUUUGUGACGGUAGGAAGUAUAAGGAAAUAUUCCAUAAACCAUGGAUGACGAUCAUGAUAGGGAACAAGAAAGGUUUUCAGAUCACUGGCUGAAGAAAUGGGAAGAUCAAUGUCUUGAAGAACUGGAAAACGAGUCCAAUAUGGACGACCAAAUUCAGGCGGAAAGAGAGGAGUCGUCUCAAAAAUUGUGGCAUUCUUUUCAAAACGCUGCCACGGCUUUAGCACAGCUAUAUAAAGAUCGCAGUCAUGGGUUUUCUAUGUGGAUGCCUUUCCAGAAUGCAGCAGGUUCUGUGACUGUCUUAUAUAAGGAGAGUGCAGAUAACAUGAAAAGGUGGUUUGACUUAGGCAUUCAAUGUGGACAGCAGAGGAAAACUAGAGACAUUGUAGCUUGGGCAAAGAAACGUAGACGCCACAUAAGAAGAGAGGACUUAAUAGCAUUUCUAUCCGGUAAAAAUCCUCCACCUAGACAUAGGCCUUCCCCAACACGAUCACGAGGCACAUCACACAUGAAUUUCACAGAGUGCCCCCCAGCAGUGAUACCUCCUGCAGAGCCAGAGCCUGAUCUACAGACAUUCAGAGAGGCACUUGCUCUCCAAGGUUUAAAUGGUGCAAUGUCAAAUGUGAACAUGGGUUACAUGCCACACAGCCAAGGGUCCCCAGUAAGAAAUAGAAGCAGUAUGGAAGAACUGAAUAUAUUUAUUUUGGAUGAGCUAUCUCGUCACAAUGACAGAAAGCGGACAAGUUCUGGGGAUGUGAUCAUGGACUCACCUACACGUAAACGCAGUAGACUUUUGUAGGGAAAAAGACUUGCAUACGAUAUUUGGGAACAUGUUAAAAGAAACCUAUUUAUGUCCAAAAUUAAACAUGUUAUGCUUCAGUUUGUGAAUUCUUCGAGUACAUUCUUCAUUGUGAAGCUUGAUAACAACUGCCUUUGUAUGGGUAAUGUUUUAUGGAACUGCAAAAUUAUACCACACUUCACUAUUUUUCUUACUUUUCUGCUGGCUUAAGGUUAUAUCAGAUUCUCAACAGUUUAUUUCCUGAAGUAGGUCGACAUGCUUAUUGUUGCUGCUGGAUAUUGAACUGUGAUUUUCUUAAACCAAAAAUUAGUAUAGAAGAACACCUGUUAACUAAAUUUGGAAUAAUAUGAUUUAGAAAUGAGUUUAUAGCAUAUAGCUUACUUUUCUGCAAAUUUUAUUUAUUAUUUUUUUUUCUUUAGAAAAUGAAACGAAAGUAUUUUAUUGUAGUUAAGUUAAUGAUUUUUAGUUAAGAUUUUGGUUAUCUCCAAAAUUGGUUGAUAUUAUUCAAAGGCUAACUUUUGAAGCAUAUUUUUGGAAGGGACUGGCACUUAUGACUUUUUUUUUUCAUUCCCAAAAGUUAUAAUUUUUCAGGAAGAAAUUCAAUAUACCAGAGAUUCUAAUAAAGGAUAUUUAAAAACA